UAGAGUUUGAUAUUGAACAGCUCAGGUUUAAAGUUAGCGCUCGUUGGGAGGUGGAGUCUGUCUCUGGUGUAUCAGCAGGCGGACAAGAGUUCAGAUCGCCUCCCCCCAGCCAGCUUCUCCUGGGCUCAGAGCGCUGCUGUUUGCUGCUUUCAGAAUCCACCGGGAAACGGGCAGCAGCGGAGCGAAGAGCUCCCCUUCCUUCUCCCAGCUCACGAGCAGGGAACAGCGAGGGUGAUUCUGUUGUCUUCGGAAAUGUCCCAGUCUCAGAGGUUUUUGGUAACCGCUGUUCCCAGCCGGAGAGACGGGCUUGGAAGCAAUGGGAUGCAGAAUGGGGACAGUAGUGUUCAGGAGACAGAGAGUACUGUGCCCAUACUGGAGUAUCUUAGAGAGCCCAACAAAUACGGAGAUGGAAUUCCCAAAGAAAGUAGUCCUUUCAUCAAUAGUACAGACAUUGACAAAGGAACCAUGUAUGAAGGAAAAAACUUGGCACUUUUUGAGGAAGAAAUGGACAGGAACCCAAUGGUCUCCUCCCUGCUUAACAGACUGGCAAACUAUACCAACUUGACUCAGGGUGUCCGAGAACAUGAGGAGGCAGAAAACAAUGAGGAGCCACGAAGGAAGGAAAUUAAGGCUCCUCAAAUGGGCACGUUUAUAGGAGUCUACCUGCCAUGUCUACAGAAUAUUCUGGGAGUUAUCUUGUUUCUGCGCUUGACGUGGAUUGUGGGAGCAGCAGGAAUCUUUGGAUCCUUUUGGAUUGUCUUCAUUUGCUGUGCUUGUACCUUGCUGACUGCAAUAUCGAUGAGUGCCAUUGCAACCAAUGGUGUGGUGCCAGCCGGAGGCUCAUAUUACAUGAUUUCGAGGUCACUGGGCCCAGAGUUUGGAGGGGCUGUAGGCCUUUGCUUUUAUCUGGGAACCACAUUUGCUGGAGCUAUGUACAUCCUGGGAACGAUUGAAAUCCUUCUGACCUACAUUGUUCCAAGCGCGGCUAUCUUCAAAGCAGAUGAUCCCAGCCAAGAAACCCAGACCAUGCUGAAUAACAUGAGAGUUUAUGGUACAUGCACCAUCACCUUAAUGGCUACUGUGGUAUUUGUCGGAGUCAAAUACGUCAACAAACUGGCUCUGGUUUUCCUUGCCUGUGUUAUCCUUUCCAUCCUUGCCAUCUAUGCAGGAGUCAUCAAAACUGCCUUCAGUCCACCUGAUUUUCCCCUCUGUAUGCUUGGAAAUCGGACUUUAGCCAGCAAAGCCUUUGAUUUAUGUGCUAAGGUCAGCACUGUAGGCAACCAGACAGUGACAACGCAACUCUGGCGACUCUUUUGUGAUAGCCCUUACCUCAACGCCACAUGUGAUGAAUACUUCAAUCUCAACAAUGUCACUAUAAUUCAAGGGAUACCUGGGAUUGCAAGCAGAGUAAUAAGUGAAAAUAUCUGGAGUACAUAUGGGUCACAGGGGGAGUUGUUGGAAAAGAGAGGACUGCCUUCUGUGCCUGCCUCGGAGAGUGCAGCAAACACAAGACUCCCGUACGUCUUCAGUGACAUUGCGACCUACUUCACUAUGCUGGUUGGCAUCUACUUCCCAUCUGUGACAGGCAUCAUGGCUGGCUCAAACAGAUCUGGAGACUUGAAGGAUGCUCAGAAGUCCAUCCCUACUGGAACACUGUUAGCAAUUAUUACGACUUCUUUCAUUUACUUGUCGUCCAUUAUCUUAUUUGGUGCUUGCAUUGAAGGUGUGCUCUUGAGGGACAAGUUCGGCGAUUCUGUAGAUGGCAACCUUGUCAUUGGGACUCUGGCUUGGCCAUCACCCUGGGUUAUUGUGAUUGGUUCUUUUUUUUCAACGUGUGGUGCUGGCCUCCAGAGUCUCACUGGGGCCCCUCGGCUAAUGCAGGCUAUUGCAAGGGAUGGGAUCAUUCCUUUCCUUCGGGUUUUUGGUCAUGGAAAGGCAAAUGGUGAACCAACAUGGGCCCUCCUCCUCACAGCUGGUAUUUGUGAGAUUGGCAUUUUGAUUGCUUCUCUCGACAGUGUCGCUCCUAUUCUUUCCAUGUUCUUCCUGAUGUGUUAUAUGUUUGUGAACUUGGCAUGUGCACUGCAAACACUCCUGAAAACACCCAAUUGGAGGCCACGAUUUACAUACUACCACUGGACUUUGUCCUUCCUGGGAAUGAGCUUAUGCCUUGCCUUGAUGUUCAUCUGCUCCUGGUAUUAUGCGCUGGUUGCCAUGGUAAUAGCAGGAUGCAUCUACAAGUACAUUGAAUAUCGAGGGGCCGAGAAAGAAUGGGGUGAUGGCAUUAGGGGGCUGUCCCUGAAUGCUGCUCGAUACGCUCUGCUGCGCUUGGAGGAUGGUCCACCUCACACCAAGAACUGGAGGCCUCAGCUGUUGAUAUUGCUGAACCUGGAUUCAGAACAGAAUGUGAAGCACCCUCGGCUCCUGUCACUUACCACACAGCUUAAGGCUGGCAAAGGGUUGACCAUUGUUGGCUCUGUGUUGGAAGGCACCUUCCUGGACAGGCACGCUGACGUACAGAACGCUGAACAGAACAUUAAGACCUUGAUGGGGCUGGAGAAGACAAAAGGUUUCUGCCACGUGGUGGUAUCGUCCAACCGGCGAGAUGGGGUCUCCCACUUGAUCCAGUCAUCUGGCCUGGGAGGAAUGAAGCACAACACUGUGCUGGUGGCGUGGCCGGAGUUAUGGAGGCAAACAGAUGGUCCAACAGGGUGGAAGAACUUUGUAGACAUGGUAUGUGAGACAACAGCCGCUCACCAAGCGCUGCUGGUGACCAAGAACAUAGAUUCCUUCCCGACAAACCAGGAGCGUUUUGCUGGAGGCACCAUUGAUAUCUGGUGGAUUGUCCACGAUGGGGGAUUGCUGAUGUUGCUACCAUUUCUCCUCAGCCAACAUAAGGUUUGGAAGAAGUGCAAGAUGCGCAUCUUCACCGUUGCCCAGAUAGAUGACAACAGCAUCCAGAUGAAGAAAGACUUGCAGUUAUUCCUGUAUCAGCUUCGUCUCGAUGCCGAGGUCGAGGUGGUGGAAAUGCUUGACAAUGAUAUUUCAGCCUUCACAUACGAACGAACUUUAGUGAUGGAGCAAAGAUCACAGAUGUUGAAACAGAUGCAGCUCUCCAAAAAUGAGCGGGAACGAGAGAUUCAGAGCAUCACUGAUGAGUCCCGGAGCACGACACUAAGGAGGAAUUCUGCACGCGCAGCUUUGGAAUUCCAGGACAGGAAUCCUGAUGUACCAAGUGAAGAGGCCCAGCUGAUACACGACAGGAAUGCAGCAGCCCACCCCUCUGGCACUGACCGACUCUCCGUUUCUCCUGAAGGAGUACACAUGACCUGGACCAAAGAGAAAAUCACAGCAGAAAAGAACAAAAACAAAGAAUCUUUAUCUCCAGAAGGUGUGAGGGACAUUUUUAACAUGAAACCAGAAUGGGGAAAUCUGAAUCAGUCCAAUGUUAGGCGGAUGCACACAGCAGUGAAACUCAACGAAGUCAUUGUUAACAGGUCCCAGGAUGCCAGACUUGUGUUACUGAACAUGCCAGGACCCCCCAAGAACAGACAAGGAGAUGAAAAUUACAUGGAGUUUCUGGAGGUGCUGACUGAGGGCUUGAACAGAGUCCUGAUGGUACGAGGUGGUGGCAGCGAAGUGAUCACCAUCUAUUCGUAAGACUGCUGCGAUGUAAUGAAGCACAAAUACCAAAUGUGAUGCCAACAAAUUUCACCAGUGAUGUUUGGCUUUUGUGUGUUGAGGGGUGUUGGGGUGUGGUGGUUGCUUCUGUGUGUCCUUUGUUGCUGGCAUUUCUUUUUGGUUAUGGUUAGAACAGAGAAGCAUCUUGAUGCUGAGAAGACUUCUUCCAUGUAUAUUCUGGACCAUGAUUGAUUGAGUGACCGGAGUCAUCGCCACACGGUUUCUUGAUGGCACGAGGAGAGGGGAGGAAAAACGCACUUGUAUCAUGUGAACAGAAGACUCACUUUGUUUUCUCUCUCUCUGAACAAAUCUGUGCAAAUUCUGUAAGUGUUUACUACUGUCAAUAGUGUUGGUGUAUUCUUAGAUGCUUAGUAAUCAAUGGUUUUGUAUUUGUGCUGCUUUUCACAAACAGCUGCAUGGAAGCCAAGGAAGAUUGGGUCCAUUUGGGGGGAAAAUGAGUAUGCAUUUUUCAAAAGUGUUUGUUUUCAUUGUGUAAAUAAAUGCAAAAUUCCUA